AUGGCGUCACAAGCAUUGGCUUCGCUCUUGUGGAGCGUCGCCUUCGUGUUGAUGACCGCGGCGUUGGUAUCAAGUGCCACCGUGGCCGAAGGGCCACGUAUGACGACGGAACAGCACCACCGCACUUCGGAGCGUGUGAUUGAGCACCAUUCCUUUUCCCCACCGCUUUUGCGCAAUUACUACGGCGAGGACGAGCUGCUGCAUUGGUCUAUUGGCGGCACCGCCGUCAUCACUGAUCGUUAUAUUCGUCUGACGGCGGACCGUAGGGGACAGAUUGGGUAUGUCUGGAACAGAGAGCCGCUGGACAUGCCUUCUUUUGAGAUUGUCGUUGGGUUUCAUGUCCAUGGAAAAAGCGCCGGCGCUGAUGGCUUUGCGCUGUGGAUCACGACAAACAAGCUGAGCCACAACAGCCCUAUAAUGCCUACACCAAUGAGCUUUCCUGGCAUAGGCAUUAUAUUUGACACGUACGACAACGAUGGCCUCCGGGACAAUCCGGCGGUGUAUGUGCUGUUCAACGACGGAAGCUCGCAGAAUAAGAAGUACAGCCCACAGAAUGAUUUCAGGGGUGAAUAUGUAGGGAGCUGCCGAUACGCUUUCCGUCAGACCUCGGCGCUGCUCUCCACGGCACGGAUUCGGUACGAUAGGGGCGCUCUGACUAUCUAUCUAUCCCGCAAUGGCGAGCGGGACGAAGCGCUUUGCACCACCGUAUCCGACCUUCACCUUAAGAUGGAUAAGAAUGAGUACUACAUUGGGCUGAGCGCCGAGACAGGCGACGUCACGGACAAUCACGACAUCAUCUUUCUUCACACAAUGCCACUUGAGGGUGUAACAUAUGACCACGACGUGUACGCCAGAACGACACCCAUAGUGGAGUCCGAAAGGGACAUGCUAACACCACGUACAGAAAAUCUUCGUGAACGACUACAAGGACAUCUUGAGCAGCAGCAGCAACAGCAACAAGAACAGGAUAUUCAGGCUCAGCAACAACAGCCUCAGCAACAGCAACAACCUCAGCCUCAGCAACAGCAACAACCUCAGCAACAACAGCAGCAGCAGACUCAGC